AGUCUGGGACGCACCCCGGAGACGGAGACUGCCGAGUUCCUGGGUGAGGACCUCCAGCAGGUGGAGCAGCGGCUGGAGCCAGCCAAGCGAGCAGCCCACAAUGUCCACAAGCGACUGCAGGCCUGUCUGCAGGGCCAGAGCGGGUCGGAUAUGGACAAGCGGGUGAAGAAGCUUCCCCUCAUGGCUCUGUCCACCACGAUGGCCGAGAGCUUCAAGGAGCUGGACCCUGACUCCAGCAUGGGGAAGGCCUUGGAGAUGAGCUGUGCCAUUCAGAACCAGCUGGCUCGCAUCCUGGCCGAGUUUGAGAUGACCUUGGAGAGGGAUGUCCUGCAGCCACUCAACAGGCUGAGUGAGGAGGAGCUGCCAGCCAUCCUCAAGCACAAGAAAAGCCUGCAGAAGCUGGUGUCCGACUGGAAUACCCUCAAGAGCAGGCUCAGCCAGGCAGCUAAGAACUCAGGCAGCGGUCAGGGCCUGGGUGGAGGCCCAGGCAGUUACGGCCACACCACCACGGCCAACAAGGUGGAGACACUGAAGGAGGAGGAGGAGGAGCUGAAGAGGAAGGUGGAGCAGUGCAAGGACGAGUACUUGGCUGACCUGUACCACUUUGCCACCAAGGAGGACUCAUACGCCAACUACUUCAUAAACCUCAUGGAGAUUCAGGCCGAUUACCAUCGCAAGUCUCUGAGCUCGCUGGACACAGCCCUAGCCGAGCUGAAGGAGAACCACAGCCAAGCAGAGCCCUCCCCUUCGAUGAUGGCCGCCCCCUUCUCCAGGGUGUAUGGGGUGUCACUGGGAGCUCACCUGCAAGAGCUGGGCCGAGACAUCGCCCUGCCCAUCGAGGCCUGCGUCCUGAUGCUGCUCUCUGAGGGCGUGAAGGAAGAGGGCCUCUUCCGUCUCGCCGCUGGGGCCUCGGUGCUGAAGCGCCUCAAGCAGACGAUGGCCUCGGACCCCCGCAACCUGCAGGAGUUCUGCUCUGACCCCCACGCCGUAGCAGGUGCCCUCAAGUCCUAUCUGCGGGAGCUGCCCGAGCCCCUGAUGACCUUUGACCUCUAUGACGAUUGGAUGAAGGCAGCCAGCCUGAAGGAGCCCAGAGCCCGGCUGGAGGCCCUCCAGGAGGUAUGCAGCCGCCUGCCCCAGGAGAACUUCAGUAACCUCAGGUACCUGAUGAAGUUCCUGGCACGUCUGGCCGAGGAUCAGGAGGUGAACAAGAUGACACCCAGCAACAUUGCCAUCGUCCUGGGGCCCAACCUGCUGUGGCCCCCGGAGAAAGAAGGGUGAGAGCCGUGGUAGGGGGAGGUGGCAGCCCCCACCC